AUGAUGAUGCAACAUUGCAAAAAAAUAUUAAGAGAAAUAAAUUCAAGGAAUAAGAUAAACUUGGGGAAUAGCCAAAGAUUUAUAAACACUAGUAAGCCUAAUUUAAAAAUAGUUAGGUGUAAACUAUUUGAUAUUGGAGAAGGAAUAUCAGAGGUUGAAAUUACACAAUGGAAUAAACAAGAGGGGGAUGAAGUUUCUGAAAUGGAAAGCCUGCUAACUGUUCAAAGUGAUAAAGCUGCUGUAGAUAUAACUAGUAAAUAUAGUGGUAUACUUGUUAAAAAGUAUGCUAAUGAUAAGGACAUGAUAAAGAUAGGUUCUUACUUUUGUGAGAUUGACACACAAGAUGAUGUAGGCGAAGAAGAAGGGGAAGAAGUGAAUGAAGUGAAAGAAGAGGAUGGAGUAGAUUUAGAAAAUGAAGGAAAUUUUGAAAAGAAAGCGAGUCCAACAAAUGUUAAGGCUUCGCCAGGUACUAAAAAAAAAGCACAAGAAUAUAACUUAGAUAUUAAUAUGAUUGCAAAAUAUUUUAAUAAAAAUAAUAUAACUAUUGAAGAUGUUGAGUUAUAUCAUAAGGUAAAUAAAAAUGUGAAUGAAAAAAUGGACAUUAAGGAUGAAGUAGAAAUAAAAGGAAUUAAACUUGCUAUGUGUAAAAGUAUGAGUGAUUCUUUAAGUGUUCCUUUAUUUCAUUUAAAUGAAGUAUACAAUGUUGAAAAGGUUGUUAAGAUAAGAAAAGAACUUAAAAAUAAAAUAGCAGAAAGUGAUAGUGGUGUAAAUAAUAUAACAAUUUCUAGUAUAUUAAUAAAAUUAAUAUCAAAUGUUUUAAAAGAAUUUCCAAUAUUAAAUUCCAAAUUUAAUGCUAAAACAAAUACUUAUGUAGUAUAUAAUAAUCAUAAUAUAUGUGUAGCUAUGGAUACAUCUCAUGGUUUAUUAGUGCCAAAUAUAAAAAAUGUAGAAAAAAAAAGUAUAAUUGAUAUACAAAAAGAUUUAACAAAUUUACGUAAUAAAGCUAUGGAAAUGAAAUUAUCUAAAGACGAAAUUGAAAAUGGAACAAUAACAAUAAGUAAUUAUGGAGCUAUUGGUGGAACAUUUGCUACACCUAUUAUAUUUGAUAAUCAAGGUUGUAUUAUUGGUAUAUCAAAGAUUCAAAACAUGAUUUCAUUAAAAAAUGGAGUUAAUAAAAUAAGCUCGUUGGAUGAUCUUGAAAUUGCCAAUAAUAUGAAUUUAACAUAUGGAGCAGAUCAUAGAUAUAUAGACGGAGCAACUUUAGCUCAAUUUUCAAAAAAAUUAAAAAGUGUAAUUGAGAAUAUUGAUACAAUUGACCCAUUUUCAAUUUAA